GAUUGUCCUACGCGGUCCUAAUCAUCCUCCAUUUGGAGCUUUCCGAGUUUAUUAGCGACAGCAGUGGAGGCAUCGCUAGCCGAAAAGAAGUUUUGCAACAUAUCGCGGCUACGAUGAAGUCGGGAAUCAGAGAACAUGAAUGAUUCUCUCCGAUUCGACUGUUGCGGGCGUUUCCGACGAAUCUCUAACCUCAAAUCCCAUUCAGCUCUCCGACAGUCGAUCAUUGAGCGAAGAUGCCAGCCGCGGGUCCUGUUUCUGACGGCUAUUCAGAAUGGGUCGGACUGAUUUAUAUUUUCAACCUCAUUGUGGGCACCGGAGCCCUGACGAUGCCGAAGGCCUUCCACGAUGCUGGUUGGCUUCUGUCGGUUAUCGGGGUCGUGAUUUUGGCUUUCAUAUCAUAUUUGACGGCCACCUUCAUGAUCGAAUCGAUGGCUGCCGCGAACGCUUUGGUGCGCUUCCGAGCAUUGGGGGACCGCAAACGGGCGUUGAGUCUACAGGAGACCUCCGGAAAUCUUGGAGACUCCAACAACAUCGAGCACGACACAAGAGACGAUGAAAUAAGUGGACAGAAUCUCGACAGCGAUGAAAGGAAUACCGUUGGACUAGCUGGGAUUCCUUGCGAUCGCCGAGCCUCCCUCGGCGCAAUCGAAGACGUGACUGAACCCUCGUCGACGGAUUAUUUCGCCAUAAAUGACGUCUUUGAAAUGGGUCGCAUGGCUUCAAUGUUUUACAAUAAAUGGGGUCUGCGACUUUUUUACAUUUGUAUCGCUAGCUACCUGUACGGGGACCUCGCCAUUUACGGAACAGCCGUGGCCAAGUCUCUCCGUGACGUUAAUUGUGAUCGAGUGAAUGAGACGGAGGCUAAAGAUCACCAUACGUUGUGCUGGUCGACCAUGAGCAUCGAUCGCGACCAGGCGUACCGACUUUUCCUCGCGAUAUUCGGGGUCGUUAUAGCGCCAUUCACCUUCUUCAAUAAAAAAACCAAGUACCUGCAAAUUGGUACGACGAUUCUCCGUUGGAGUGCUUUCUUAUCGAUGAUCACACUGUGCGCUGUUGCCAUUAUCGGCGGCAAAGCUGUCGGCAAGCCGAGCGCAGCGAAACCGCUGGAACUGCCUACACUUUUCGGAGUGUGCGUGUACUCCUUUAUGUGCCAUCAUUCCUUGCCAUCGCUGGUUACGCCGAUAACGAAGAAGAAUAACAUAUACAGAUUGCUUGCUGGAGAUUUCUUGCUCAUCUUUUGCUUCUACAACCUUCUCUCACUGACAGGAGUUUUCACAUUCAGCGUCCUGCAGGAUACCUACACUCUGAAUUUUGAGCCAACGAAAGGAGAAUCUAUCGUACCGGUCAUUGCUCCUCUACAGUACUUUCUAGCACUUUUCCCCGUUAUCACACUCUCCACGAAUUUCCCCAUCAUCGCCAUAACCCUUCAGAAUAAUCUCAAGACACUCAUUCUCGGCGACAAUCCAGCGUGGUUACUGGAAAAGAUCGGGAUCCCGAUCUUGGCGAUCAUUCCGCCGAUGAUCGUCUCCUUCUUCACCGAAGAUGUAAAAAUUCUUGUCAGCGUGACAGGGGCCUUCGCCGGAGCAAUAAUCCAAUACGUUAUUCCCGCGAGUUUGGUGUACUUUGCACGUAGGCAAGUCACGCUACACAUGGGAACAGGAGUCAAGAAUAAUUUCGCGAGUCCAUUCAAGCGCCCAUUCUGGAUCCCAUUCAUAAUGGUGUGGACUCUCAUCUGUGUGAUACUGGUAUCAAUCCACACUUUUUCACCAUCCGGCGACGAAGCGAGUUGAUCCCUGGAAAUGUACUAGGGCGGGAACAAAUCAUGAGGACUUGAAUGCUCCGGGAAUGGAUAGCUAGGUCAUAUUCAUCUCCUGGGAUCAAUCUCGGUACCGAGAUGGAUUCCUCGAUUAUAUCCAGCACCUCCUGCUAGCCCAAAUUUCUCGCAUCGAUGCAGCAUCGUAGAAGAUCCUGAAGGAUCUGAAGAGCUCGCGCAUACCUCCGAUGGUGGAAAAGAUAUUGUAUGUAUAUUGAAGACUCAGCCUCUCCUUCAUGUGACUUCAUAUGAAAAGAGUAGGAAGAAUGAACGAAAGACGCUGCUCCGCUUUCGAGGGGCUCAUUUUA